AUGCGCAUUUUACCAUCGCCGCCACUCAAAGCCCACGGUGCUGCCUUCCAGCAAUGGUACACCACCUGCAUGAAGUCUGUCUGUGUGUGGCUGACCGACCGACUGGACCUGCAGCUGCACGUGUACCAGCUCAAAAGCCUCAUCAAAAUCGUCAAGGCCACUCCAGUGAACGUAAACAAGAUUAUGGACGCUCUGUUCAGUGACAUCACAUCUGUAUGGCAGCGCUGGGAGGGGGGCGGGGCCUUUCACAGCCCCAGAAAGCACCGUACACGUUUGGAGCACGGAAAACAGUUCUGGGUUGGUGGACUUAUAGAGUUCAGCGGAGGCCGAGCAGCACCGCCUCCAUCCCGCGUCUCCCACAGUCUCACGCACAGCGUCACCCACAGAGUCUCCUUCAGUGUCCGCGCGCCACUUGUGCGCCACUCUCUCCACAGUGCGCGUGCACAGUGCCCCCUGACAGCGCGUGACCCCGGCUGCUGCGUGGAUGAUGUGACGCGCAUCAGCCACAAGAGCAGAGCGGAGCUCCCAGAGACACACUCCCGCCUCGGAGCAGAGCAGAGCGCCACCGAGCCCCACUGA